AUGGACACUGCGCUUCUGACGAUCCACAGGGAAGUGGCACACGGCUGGCCUGGGCCACCCAAUCGCUCAGUCUACUUCGACACGGCCGAGAAUCGGUUCAUUCUCGGCUACACGGAAGUCCAGCUGCACUGUGCAGCCAAGUGCCCCGCCGAAGAGGAAUCCUUGACGUCGACAGCAGCAAAGCAGUCAAAUAAAGUCUGCCCGGUCUGCUUUUGCGACCGCCAUUUGGCACCGCUCUGUAGACUUGAGCCGAUCAAGGGUACGAUGAUUCACCUCUGGGUGCAUCAACUCCUCAAGCCAGCCCAAGACUACGGGGCAAGCGACGAGGUCGUGCUUUGCUGUUGUUGCGAGGAGGGCGUCUUCGUUUGGGAACUCUUUCUACAUCUACAGCGCGCCGGAUUUAACACGUUGAGGCGGGAGUCAAAGAGCCGAGGCGACUCUACCGGCGCCCUCGAUGGUCUCCGUGACGCCGGUCCGCAUGAUGCGGCCGAGCUCAAGGUGUGGAUGGACUGGGCGAAGGGGGCAAGGAAGGGAAAAGAGCAGACCUCUGCUUCAACAGCAGCGGCGUCGCCCCAAGGGCCGCCCCUCACGUUGUCGAAGAUUGAGAAUCUUCGUAACACGCUGAAGCGAGGCCAAAAGCGCUCUGUCCUUGUCGACACCGCGAAAACCACCGGCGCCAACAGCGAGUCUGCCAGCAAGAAAGUAAAGACGAAUUCAGCUCCGACCCAGCUUGACAAUGGUGCCAAUGAUACGGAAGGGUCAAUAGGCUGCAGCAACAGAUGUCGAUGA